AUCAAUUUACUUCCGCUAUCAGGAAGAACCGAACAUCUGAUAAACAAUAUAAAAAUGUUAUUAGGGUUAAGUGGUAUAAUAUACAUCAUUAGACGAUUGUCGCGGACGUUUAAUGAUUUAUGUAUGAUAAAAUGUAUAUUACUAACUGCAGUAUAAUAUCAUGGAAAUUUACUUCAGUAUUCCUAAUAAUAUUGUAUAUUUCAUCAAGUGAAUCAAAUCCAAUUUCACAUUUUACUGUAGCCAGCGGUGUAAAUGGUGGUUCCAAUUGUGCAGGUUGUACAGUGGUAGUAUCUCUAAUAGAACAGUUAGGUGAAAUACAUAAUGAAACAGUUGUAAAGGCAUUAGACAGACUCUGCUCUUAUUUACCACCAAAGAUAAAAGGACCAUGUCAGGUUUUCGCUCAAUUUAUUGGUCCAAUUUUAGUCGAAUUAGUAACUCAAGAUGCAAAUCCAGACACAGUUUGUCAGACUUUAAGAUUCUGUAAUACCAAUGGUGGUCCAGAAUGUCUUUUGUAUAAAAAGGAUGAGUUUCAGGUAAAUGACAUGAAGCAAAAACCUAAGAACUUAAAUCUUAUGAUGAAACAUUCAUACUUUUUAUCAGCUGAUCCUAAAAUUUGUGAAAUACCAGGAAUAAAAGAUAUAUGUAAAUUGUUGGAUGAUGCAUUUAGAUAUCAUGACCCUUCUGUAGAUAUUGAUGGUGAUAAAUAUAGUACAGCUGAGACAUUUAGAGGAACAUCAUGGAGAGGUAGAGAUUGUAAUGAUGAUGAUAAAUAUACACAUCCUGGGUCUAGACCUAUAGAUUAUGAUGCCACAGAUGAUUCUAACUGUAAUGGAAUUUAUGGAUCUGAUCCUGCUACCACAAAACCAUAUGAAGAAGAAUUUUGUGCCAAUUCGCAGGCCAGAGGAAUUGCUGUAUUAGGGGAUUCCCUAAGUGCUCAUUUUCAUUUACCUGAAGAAUGGUUCGAUGCAACUAAACUUUCUGAAGCUGUAUUAAAAGAUGCAUUGUUUAUAAUAGAAAAUGAAAUAGAUUGGCCAGAACUGUCAACAGUUACAGGGCAUGUAAAUAAUUCCUGGCCAGAGGUUGUUCAUGGUAGUAUGGAUUCUAUAUAUCAACGUUUGUUUGAACGUAAUCAUUGUAAUCAUGGAGAUUAUCAAAAUAUAGCUGUAAAUGGUGCUGAUACAGGUGAAAUGGUUACUAACAUAAUGUACAGUUUAUCCAGAAAUCAAACAUUAGAUAUACCAAUAUUAGUAACUUACGCUCUUGUUGGUAAUGAUGUAUGUAAUGGGCAUCCAGAUACGUUUGCUCACAUGACAACAGUAGAAGACAUGAAAGCGAAUUCUCUUAAAACUCUACAGUAUUUAGAUACAAUAUUACCUAAUAAUAGUUAUGUGAUGGUAAUGGGACUGGCAGAUGGUCGUGUUUUAUAUGAUAAUCUUCAUGAUAGAAUUCAUCCACUUGGACGACUUAGAAAUGAUAUCACCUAUACCAUGAUAUAUGACUACUUAAAUUGUCUUCAGAUAUCACCAUGUACUGGUUGGAUGAAUAGUAAUGGCACAGUUAGAAAUUUAACUACAGAGCAUGCUGAAACUUUAAGUACAGCCUUACAGCAAGUGGUACAACAAUAUGGCAAAACAUUUAAAAACUUUAAAAUUCAAUAUAUAGAUUGUCCACUGACAGAGGUAUUUGAUGUGUGGACAAAGUCUGGUGGUCAAGCUUGGCAACUAAUUGAACCAGUAGAUGGUUUCCAUAGUAAUCAGAUGGGUCAGGCAUUAACUGCUCAAAUUAUGUGGGACAAUAUGGUGAAGUUAUAUCCUGAUUUUAUUGGUCCUGUUAAUCCAUUUAAUAAACAAAUUGAAGAAAUAUUUGGUAACCAAAUGCGUUCUGUAUAAAUACAAACACUCACCUGUCAUCCAGACCUUAAAAUCACUUAAUAAUAGCACACAAACAGUUUCUUUUAAAUGACCAAACAUUUAGUUACUAAAAACUGUCCAUAUUGCAUUUGUGCAGUGAGGUCAUUUUUGUAAAAUUUUGUGUUUUUGAAGAUAUGAGAAAAUAUAUAACUUUUUAAAGUGUUCUGUUCAAAAACUACCCAUCAUAAUGUACCAGGGGCUCACACAUGUUCCUGAAGCAACGAUCGAUCGCGAGUUUUACAACAUCUAGCCGUUGCUUCAAUACUCAACAAUUCCCAAAUUUUUGCGCUCGUUGUGUUUACACGUGACUAAUUAGCAUUGUCCAAUCAGAGGUUGUGACACAUAGCACACUGUAAACGAAUAUGGCGGCCUCCAUAGAAAAAGAAAUAGACAAGUUUACAGCCGUUGUUGAUCAGCCAUGAUUUCAAGCAACCUUGACAUUGAUCGAACCUUGAACUUUGCAACUCGAUUGUCACAUGUAGACAUUUUAGCUAGAAGCGCGAGACUUGAUAAUCGUACCAUAUUUAUACCCAAUCGAAAUUAGUGCUAAAAUAUGCGGGGUAUUACGUGAAGGGCUUAAUAAGAUGUACGUAGUUAAGGCGAGAUCAAGCCUUCUGUUGAAGAUGGGGCUCACAUAAAUAAAACAUUGAUCUAUUUGAUGUUAAGCAUACUUUGUGCAAUAGGGCCCAUCGUUCUAUUGGAAAUAGUGUAAAUUAUGAAUAAUGUCCUUUCAUACACAUUUAAACAGACCUUUGCUUAAUUUUUUCUUGUUUCUUAAAUUAUAUAUUGGUUAACUUAUUGUUAGUACUGACAUUUGAUGUAUUAUAUAUAUAUAUUUUUACUGACUGGCACAUUCCACACCUGCUAUUGUUAUAUUUGAUUAUGAUAUGAUUUAAGAUAUGUCGAAAUUAUUUAUAAAUGCUAGUUAUUUGGAUUUAUUAUUAUGUGCCAAUUUUAUUUAAAAUAAUAAAAAUAUUGUGCAUACA